ACCUUUUGUGCUUGUGGCCUUUUAAUACAAAAUACCUUAGUCAAUACACAAUCAUGUAUAGUAAAUGCAGUGUUUGCUUCUCAGAUUGUUUGAUAAUAAUAAUAAUAACUGAAUGAUUUGAUUAGUUGAUGAAAAGAAAUUAAUUAGAUUUUGACAAUUAAUUGUUAAAGUCACUGACUCCAGCUUCCGUUGAGAUUCCAAAUGUAAAUAUUUGCCUGUUUUCUUAGUCUUCUAUGUUAAUACAUUGAAUUUCACUGGGGUUCUUGGUCAAACAAGACAAGCAACUUGAAGACUUGGCAAACUAUCUGACAUUUUAUAGACCAAACUAAAUAUCGAGAGACAUACAAAUAAGAGGCAGCGUAAUCGGUUAUCGUUAGUUGCAGCCAUAGCUGAAAAAAAGAAAAAGAUAACGUGUGUAAUUUUAUGUAUCAGAAUUUAGUUUUAUCAUCUGUUGACCCCUUGUAUUCAUCUCACAAUCCCACGUGGGGAAGCCACAGGUAGGGAACCGCUGUUGUAGUACUAAGGGUUGUUUUUACAACAGUCUAAAUGUGGGCUUUAAUCUUCUAAUACGCACGGGAAAUCAAGAUAGAAGAUGAUUUUGUAAUUUUAAAUAGGAAUUUUUGUCAAGAUUUUGAAAUGAAAUAAUGUAGAAGUUGUGAUUAUAGAGGGUUAUGGCAGAUCCAACAUGCUUUUUGUCUGACUGUGAUUGGCCUGUUAUCCUGCGGGUUGUCGACUCGGCAAAGUGGUUCGAACUGGUUUUGACAUCCAGGGGUUUUGAAGAUAAAUUGUAGAUACAUUUGGCGUACUUCAAAGAGCACAGCAAAAGGGAUGUUUUCUUUUAAUAUCUGUCUGUGUCUGUUUUUAUAUCCUCUUUGAUUUGGAGGAAAUGUUACAAGUCAGUAGCUGAGCGCUAUGGAGAGGAGAAGGGAGAGAAUGAUUUUCAUAAAGAAGUUUUGAACACUCCUCUGCCCUGCAAAGAGCAAAAACUGAAACAUGAAACUCGACAGUAAAACUUGGUCAGUCCAGCACCAAUGGCUGUAUAUCACAGAAUAUCUUUUUUUUAUGAAAUAUAAAACCUACUUGUGAACUUUGACCUUUUUUUAGAAGCUGUCACAGGUGGCAGUUUUUUGCGUCUUUGUAGGGCAGCUAUGUCUGAGCACAGUUUAAUGACUAAAGGUUGAGCGGGGCCAGAGUAGAAGUUUCUUUUUCUCGAAGCGAUACAAGUUCGGUCGAGCUUUUAAAAAUUUGUUUUCGUUUUACAUUUCAUGUUCUGUUGCUAUUGUGUUUUUGUUUUCUAUUCAUUUGAGCUAGUGUACUGUAGUCCUUGAGAGUUAUUGUGUUUAAGACGGAUGCUACUAAUAAUUCAACAUUAACACCUGUACGUAGAGUUGCCAAGUUGUGUAAAAAAUUACAAAAAAAGAGAAAGAGGAGACAUGUUUAGCUGUAAAAUAGUUUAGAGAAAGAGAACCACAUAUUUUUGCAUUGCGAUUGUUGUAUGACUGAGGUGCUGUGGGGGAGGGGGGGGGGGAGGGGGGGCUUAUAAUGUUGGACCAGAUGUUUGGUUUUUACUGUAAUGCAGCUGUCCGACGGGAUCAGGGGCUGCAGAAACCAGACGGAUGGAGCGACCUGGUGGAGGGAUGGACAGUCAAGGCAAACAAAACACUGCUGGGCUUGCAUCAUUUUAAGGCUACAAGUCUGAAUGUCUGUUUCAAAAAAAAAAAAUCUCUUCAUGGAUAAAAUUUUACUCUCCAUUGUCUUGUGACAAUAUAAAAAAAUGUCUUAAACAAGCUUCCAUAAACAUCCAUUAGAUAUUGACCCAAAGUAAGUUUACUUGACCUGGUUCUCGAACCAGCUUUUCCACAAAGAAUAAGCUACUGCUGCUUGAAUGGGGUGGGUUUUUUUUUUUUUUUUUUUCUUUAGACGUCACCUGGUGACUAAAUGCAGGUACUGCGGCUCAGAGAAGGGGAGGGCAGGGGGGGUCAGUAGCUGCAGUAACUGCUUAGCGCCACCAGAAGGCGAGAUCCCAAGAAGCAGUGAUCCUACACAAACUACGAUUGUAAUGAAAGAGUCUCGAUCACUGUAUUCAUCCGAGCACCUUAACAGCAGACCGCCGGAGGCUUCUGCUGCUCAUUUUACAAAUCCGCCACAAGACGCAAACCUGCGAAAAUGUCCACCGCAUGUGGGCCAAGAUGCCAAAUAAAGCUAUCAGUAGAUUGAAAGUUGGUGACAUGACUUCCAAAAGAAAAGUGCACUGCGGCCGUUUUGUGCUUUGACUCGUCCACCCUCGACUGUGUCUGUCUUUCACUCCUGAUCUCCGUCUCGGCUGCCGAUCCACAGAAAGAAACUAAAGUGACAAGGAGAGAGUGGAAUAAUCUUCAAAAAUAAAAAGCACCUUUGGGCGAGCGCUCAACUGUCCCAGAGAGCCAGAGCCCUCUGCACCUUUUGUGAGCACGCUCACUUUGUCACUUCCUGUCUGUGGUUUGGAUGCUGGUGUCAGAAGUGAGUCUUUUGUUGAUUUUAGGGGGGGGGGGUUGAGAUGUAAUGUGAGGGUUCUUUUUUGUAAGUUCCUUAUUUUUGUUGUUUUUUUAUUUUUCUGUACCAUUAUUCCCUUUUUUAUUUUGGAUGUUUGUUUUCUCUUCUCUCUCUUUAUGACAUUUGUUGUUUACUGUUAAAAUGACAAUGAUGUGCCCAUCGACCUGUCUCCCCUCAGUUGAGAAGUGGGAGCAUAGACUGUGCAAACUCUCCUCUGAAUGGGGGUGGGGGAGGAGUUAAAGGGGGGGGGGGAGAGUUCAGGUGGGUGAGGGGUACCAGUAAAGGGGUGAAGGUUGGGAGUUCCUACACAGAUCUGGAAAUUGUGAAUUCUGAUCAUUUCGAGGUCUUUUUAAAAGAAUUCCAGAAAAAAUGCCAAGACAGGUAUGAUCACCCAGCAAGCGUUUGAUGGUUAAUUGGUUUAGUGUCAAUCCAAACGAGCACAAAACUUUCAGUGUGACAAUAAGCCACAGUCAACAACUAUCUUUAGAAACAGCUUCAGACUGAUAAUCAGGCUGAUGUUCACAUCUGAUCAAAAUCAAUGACGGAUGGACGACUUUGGUCCUUUCAACUAUCAAAUUCCGUCAAAUUGCUUGCGGGGUGUGACUUGCACUGUCGUGUUGAAAAAUGUAUGACCUGGUUGAUGGUUGUAUUGCCUUUUUUUUUUUUUUGUAACACAUGUUCAUAUGAAAUGUUAAAGGAAAAAUCCACCCUUAAACACUGAAGUACUGGUGUUUAGAAAUCAUAUAUUUACAUCAAGUUCUGGUGUCUCUUCCUUUAAAGGGGCAUUUGAAAAUGCUUCUUUGUAAAUCCACCAUAGAAGAAGCAGAAUGACCAGCCUCUACAGGAACUGCAUCCUCACAAAACCAGAAUACAAACAGCCACAACACAUGUUACAGGAAGUGGAUUCAUUCUGGUAAAUGUAAGGAAGUGUGAAUCCGAGGUGGCCAAGCAUGUGAAUACAACAAAAAAGUACAUUGCAAUGCUUGAUACCAGAUUAACUUUUGGAAACAGAGGGUGGAUUUUUUUUCUGCUGAAAACCUGAAGGAAUGUCAGGGAGAUGUGGUGGUGUGUGUAAAAACUGGCUAAACUUGAGAACAGAGGAGCAAGGGAAGUGGAUGCGAAACCCCUUUGAAUCAAUAUAGUGACCCUGAGGUGAAUCCUCAUUGUUUCUCUCCCCCUCCAUCCCUUCCUCUCUGCUCAGACUCAUCUUCCUCGGCGCUGCAGCUUGACCUCGUCACCCCUUGCCCGACCUUUUCCCCUUGCGCUCCUCAAGCUCCGCGAUUCUCUUUAACUGCUGUCUGCAGGUCUGUAGUCUUCUGUCCAGAAACAUUUACUCCGCUCUUUCCCAAAUCCCCACACACCAGAGACAACACACACUCAUACUCACAUAUAUAUAUAUAGAUAUAUAUAUACUGUAUAUGUAUAAAUUAAUACAAAACGGGCAAACCUCUGAGAUACAGAAGCUCACACACACCCCUGCACACUCUCAGGAUGUGUUGCAGAACGUGUGUCUUCGUGUCACUGAUGCAGUUUUUAAAAAAAGUACCAGUUUACCUCGGGAGCUCUCAGCCAUAGCAGACCUUAAUCCCCACAGAUAUCUCAGCGCUGCGACAGCUUCUGAACUGCUGUGGCUGCCGUUACAAAGCAGGUACAUUUUUGUUUUUCAGGAACAAACCCGGGAGCCUCAGCAGAGUGCUCUUGGACCAUUUGAAUGCAUAUGGCGCAGGGUUUUUACAGAAGCGGGACACAAGCAGAGAAUCCAUGUCAACACAGUCUUACCUCAGAAUCAUACUACAGAACGGGAGGGGGGGGCCGGGCUUACAUAUGAUCAUAGCAACCGUGAAUGACUAUUUUUUAUUCCUUCUCCUUGUCUCUGGUGUUGGGUGAAAAAUACUCUGCAGAACUCGUUCUUUUUCUUGUUUUUUUUCCACUAUAAAUAUAUAAAUAUAUAAACUGUACAUUAUGACAUAGAAGCACUAUCGAAGUUUGAUUGUUAGAUGUGCACUCGCAGCAUGAGGUAUUAUUCUUUAUUAUUCUUCAUAACCCAGAAAAAUGAAAAAGUGAAAUAAGAGCUUUUGGAAGUAAACAAAAAAGGAUUUAUAAAAAACAAAACAAAAACAAAACAAUGCAGUAGCGUCUACUGAUGUCAAAGAAAAUACCCGACCUCACCCUGACACACAUGCCCAACAGACCUUUACCCCAGCCCUGCCGUGUUACCCCCCCCCCCCCCCCCCCCAUCCAACUGAUCGCCCUGAUGCCUCCUCGCGCCACCCCCCUGCCCAGCCCCAUGUACAUGCCAGUGUUUCCCCCAUGUGUUCCAAGUGCCAAUAACUUUGUGAAUUCCUAACUGUGACCCAGUAAUAAAGAUAAUUGCACAUUAACUACUGUAAAGAGGAAAAAGAAACCAGACUGAUUAAAAAUGAGGAAAAAAUCCGAAUAUCUUAAUAAAAGGUUUUUAACAAACAGGACUGACCUUA